AUGCCCCCAGCCGUGGCUUCGCGGAAGCCGCGACCCAACGGCCUGAGGGGUCGACGAGGACGCCGCCUCAAACGCUCGCUCGUGCGCGACCCCGCGGGGCUGAAGGAGAGCUGGCGGGCGGUGCUGGCGGACUUGGAGGUCGAGGUGCAGGAGAUCAAGCGGCGGGGGAACGAGACGAUCGUGUCGGUGAUGUAUGAGGACAUUGAGCGGGGGUUGUCGGAGGAGCAGCUCAAGCAACUGAAGAAGACAGGCUGCAUCAUCGUGAGGGGAGGAGUUCCGAAGAAGGAAGCCGCCGGCUGGCUUGAAGGCCUGAAGCAGUAUAUCGCCGCGAACCACGACAAAGUCAAAGACGCUGCUCGCACGCACCCCGGGCUCUUGAAGACCCAGGCAUACUUGCUGUCGCUUUGGCAUUCCUCAAUUGACACCCCUGUGUCUGUGCGCACCCCCGUCUCGUAUUUUGAUCGGAUCCGGAUCCGGCAACCGGGCCCUAGCUCGUUCGUGCUCGGCCCACACAUAGACGGAGGGAGCAUCGAGCGGUGGGAAGACCCCGGGCUCCGGAAGUGCUUCGAACGCAUCCUAGAGGGUGGGGACAGCUGGCGCAAACACGACCCGUUCGACAUCGCCCCGCGCCUCAGCGCGAACCAAGACCUGUACAAUGCACCGAACCAAUGCACGAUCUUCCGCCCCUGGCAGGGCUGGACCGCGCUGUCGCGCACGAGCCCGGGCGAGGGGACGCUCGCCUCCUCCCGCUCCUCUCGACCUCGACAGCCCGUCGUUCCCCGGGAGCACGCCGGCAUGACGCAGGCGCUGCUCCCGCACCUGCACCCGCACCUGCGGCUGGACGAGACGGUGGUGCCGAUCCCGACGGUCGAGCCCGGGGACCAGGUGUACUGGCACACCGACGUCGUGCACGCCGUCGAGGGCGAGCACAGGGCACGGGCGAAUCGUCUGUCGUUUACAUCCCCGCGGUGCCCCUCACAGAGAAGAAGUGACGCCCUGUACAUCCGCGACCAGCGCGAAACGUUCCUGAAAGGCCUUCCCGCUCCCGACUUCCCCGGAGGCGAGGGUGAGUCCCGCUUCGUUGGGCGUGGUACUUCCGAGGACGUCACCACCGUUGAGGGUCGGCGCACCCUCGGCCUUGAGCCUUUUAGCUAUCCGCCUGCGGCAAGCGAGGGUGAACGGCGCAUGAUUGACUUGGCAAACAACACCCUCGGGUUUUGA